AUGGUGGCGAGUAUAACGUCGUGUGUCAGGUCAGCUUUGUCCAUACGAGCCCUGAUGUUUGUACGCCUGAUGACUGGCUUGUAUUUCUGCGUGAGCUCGGUGAGAUUCGUCACGCUGGUGGCGAGACUCUAUGUCGUAUUUUAUGUCACCGUGCAACUUCAAUACUACAGUAAUGUUGUGUUCGAUGCAGACUUUCGUACAAUAAUAGACUAUGGUUUUAUGCUGUUUCAAUUCAUCGUAACUGCCCUUGUAAAUUUUCUUUUAGACGGGGAAUAUAUCUUUAACUUCUUGAGAGAAAUCAGGAAAAUUGACUAUUCAAUGAACAAUGUAGUAAAUGACGAAAUACCAAUGUUCCGAGUUAUAUUAAUUUUUGUAAUAUUAGUAAAGAUCUGUGUGGCCAUAACGGGCUGCUUUAUACACAAAUUAUACAGAAGUUGGAGAUUCUUUAUCACGUACUACGUACCGACUACGAGUGUCGCCUUCACCAAUGUCACGAGAAUUAUGAUGUUCGAAUCAUUGUGCCACCGGAUGAAGGCGGUCCGCAAACGUCUGGAACGAGAGUUGUCAGUUGCUCACAGAGUCGAGGAAGGGGACGAUGCCAUGGUACACAACUUAAGGAAUUGCAUGAUAAUUUACAAGAAUAUAUUAAACACAGUUCACGAGACUGAGAUGCCAAUGAAGAUCUUGGUCUAUGCUCUGCCUGCAAUAUUUAAUACAUGUUUAGACACGACGUAUCCGUUUCUGCCUGGUAUAUUUGUAGACAUGGUGAAUAAAGAAGUGGACAGGAUGGUCUUGGCUGUGGCGAAGCAGCUGCUCGUUUGUAGAGGUACGCACUGGUGCAACGCGCUCAAGGACGCGGUGCAGUACUUGGGCGUGCGCCGCUUCAGGUACACGGUUUGGCGCGUCGUCUCCAUCGACUCGUCGCUGGUGCUGUCAACAGCCAGUGUCGCCACCACUUACGUCCUCGCCAUGCUGCAGUUCAUGCACAUUUAUAAUUAG